AGCAUGCGGCACAAGUAUAGAUAGGCUCGUUUCGCAGUAAACAAACAGUCAAAACAGCGAACGACUUUCGCGUUCUGUAUCUACGUUUUGUACAGAAGUGUUUAGACCCUGAAGCCAAAGGUGUUUAUUGACAUACAUAUAUACAUCGCAUUACGCGUGUGUGUGUUUGUGUGUUUGUGUGUGUGUGUGCUUCAUCUCUGGUACAUUGUGUAACGCGGAAGAAGUGGAACGAAGUUGUUUCUUCUCGUCGACACACACUCUCAGCCUGAAAGUGCGUACACCACAUAUAUAUGUGAAGGUGUCACCGCGUUCGCACUAGCAAAGAUCGCCUAAUUUCUCUUCAUUCAGAAAAGUGAAAAAGUACCUACGUUAAAAAAAGAAAAGAAGCACGUUAAUACACACCGCUGCUCGACCUUUUACAUCUGACUCACGUUUUUGUUUUCAAGAUACUUGCGUAUCUGAUUUUGCUUCCUUCUUUUUGUAUUUCAGGUUCUUUCUCGCUUUUCUAUUCCGUCAUUCUUCUUAAAGGCCGUUCUUCUGCUAUUUCUCGUCCUAGAGUUAGUGCCUAGCGUCGACACACACAUACGCAAGCAACCAACGGUCCCCCGUGCCCCCCCCCCCCAACCCAGAAGACGAGUAUUGAUCGUGCGCAGCCUUCGGCGGACUUCACCUUUCUGUUUCGCUGCUUCCUUCUUAAACUGUUCAGUUUACAAGGUUUUUUUGUUUUCUCCUGUGUGUGUGUGUGUGUUUCUAGUGUCUUUUCAAUACUAUCAAAGGGAAGACAUACGUGUAUGUACAAUAGGUGAGUGAACUUAGACUGCGAAUUUCAGCAGCAGAUUUGUUCUCGACAAGCCAGAGAAGAGCCUCCACAACCUACAGUGUCUUUAUUAUUUCAGCCUUUUUUUGCUGCUGCUGCUGCUGUGUUUUAGUUUGUGUAGCUCUCCUAUUUAUUUGUGAGUUGAGGCUACGAUCUCUUGCGGUUGCUUGAGAGAGAGAGCGACAUCGUUUUUGUUUUUUGUUUUGCUUGCUGCCUCUCCGUCUUUCACUCCCUUUUCCCCCGCACUCGCGAAUUUGUCUCACGGCUCUCCUGUAGCUAUUUCUUUCGCGUGUUUGUUUCUCCGUACCUCGUUGAUUCCCCCCCCCCCUGCCUUAGCGAAGCUGCCGGAUGCCGCACACUGCAGUUAUGUCAACGGCAAAGCCACUGUUCGAGCCGGAGUCUCUGCGGGAGCAGCAGCAGCAAGGUACCCGCUCCCCGUGCACGCCUCCGCUGCAGAGCAUCAAGCAUUCGAAACGGGAGUCUCCAGAGGAGUACAACGGCAAGCGCAACGAUAUUUUAGACUGGUCUCCGCCGACGCCGGAGUCGCUUCCUGUCAUGCACGUCAGGGACGUCGUGAACGGUGCUCCUGCUGAUAAUGAGGAAGAAGUGGAUGAUGAAAAUGCCGUGGUAAUGGUAGCCGACGUUCUUGAGCGCAAGUUGGAGGGGAAUGCGAAGGGGGAUUCUGGAGGAAACGAGCGACAGCCUGCUGAGGAAUGUAAAGGUGAAGAUGCGUCGGCGCCUGUGCAGUCAACCUCACCGGCUGCAACGACCCCACUCGUAUCUGCACCACCCACACACGUAGAUCCAGUAGAUGAGCCCGGCAACGUUGGUCGGUGUUUCUUGGCGCCAAUUAAUUCUAAUUAUGCUGUUGAUACCUGUACAUCUACUGAGGGGUUAGAUCGCCUUCAGCACCACGGUGUGUUCUUCCCUGAUGAAGUAGCGGCAGCAACUACCGCAGCCCUCUUUGUCUUCAUUGCCUCCUACGGUGACCUGCCCACCCUUGUGCAGCUUAUGCGCGUGUGCCGUGCGAGUCAUCAGCUAGCCACCUGCGACGAGGUGUGGAAGCCCAUUCUGUGCGACAUGAACCUGCCUCCGCUGCUUGCCGCAUACGACCGCAGUGCCGACUACUACGCGUUCUUUCUUGACGAAAUCGUCACGACGCGUGCGCUGCACGGCCACUACACCUUUCAGGCCGCCAACAACGCCACCGGCAGCUACGGUAGUGUGAGCAAUGCUAGCGGCUCACGUGCCGGCGCCGACGCCAACCGCGACCACCUCCGCGACGACGACUCCCUGCAAGAAGACGUCUUCAACAUCGCCUCUCUGCAGCUUCUCAUUUCGGCCGCCUCGUUAGGUCAAUCGAACCACUUAAUCGGGCGAGUGCAGCUGCUGCUGACGUACAAGAACGACUCGAUGGAGGUACUGCAGGGCUCCUGCCGCUUCUCUGUCUUUCGGCGGUGCUUCUCGCUGUGCUGCAGCGCCUUCGGGACGGUGAAGCGCGGGCCGGUGUUUACCGUGGCUGUCGCGACUGUCACGAAGCCGUGGGCCAAUGAGGGCUUCCAGCAUUUCAGCGAGCACAAGAAUGGUAUUCGCCUCGUCAUGACACCGGUGCUGUGGGAGGGUCAGAGCCCAGGUUCGCAGAUCACCGAAAAGGACAUCCUUGUGGUCAGCCGCCCCCGACCAGAGCCCGCGGCAGGCACCGCAAACGCACCUCCUUCAGAGCCUUCGACACAGUCUCGCUGCUGA